UUAAUUUCACUUCACGGUAGUUAACUGCGUCACGAGGUAGGCAAUGAGAUGCCAGUAGCGGACGCAGCAAGCCAGUCGACAGCGCGCGCUCGUCCAGUCCACACCUCUCCUCCGCUCACGACCUACCGUUCACCACCCGCCACCUGGGUUGUUCUAGGCGGGAGCCGCGGUGUGUUUGCUGCAGUUUUACUUGGCUUCAUCUUCAUUGGUUCGUGUCCAGCCAUGGCGGACCGAGGCCUCAGUCGGGCAGGAACCCCCAAGCCCAGCCAGGACACGCCACGGCGUGCAUCCAAGCCCAGCCAGGACACGCCACGGCGUGCACCCCAGCCCAGCCAGGACACGCCACGGCGUGCUUCCCAGGCCAGCCAGGACACGCCAAGGCGUGCUUCCUCCUCCUCAUCUGUCUCACGGGACAGUUCACGGCCCAGGCGUGAUGAUGAUGACCGGUUAAGGAAGGACAAUAAGAGGACUGCUGUUGGUUUUGAUGGGUCGUCCGUCAAGCGUCUUUGUGCUUCCAAACCACAACAACCGUCCGGCAGUCAACAACCGUCUGGCAGUCAACAACCGUCCGGCAAUCAACAACCGCCUGGCAGUCUACAAUCAUUCGUCAGUCAACCCUGUUCGGACGAGGAUCCUUCUGCUUCAGACAAGAAAUUUGAUAUUCUCACCAAUCUGUUGAGUGGUUUAGUUGAAAAACUAGACAACCGCAUUACACGCAGUGCUUCGCCUUCACCGGUAGAUUAUGGUGGCUGUCAUGAAUUGUCCCCUUCUGAUAAUGAGGACGGUGAAGAGUCUGAGAGAGAUGAUCCAGACCCCCUAGAUGGAUUAGACACUAUCUCCCCCUCUUUUUCCGGUAGCCAACCCGCUACCUCUGGUGAUGACGCAGACUUCCUCCAAGCGUUGAGUGAAUUGUCUGACAAUUUUUUGGGCGAGGAAGCAAAAGGUGAACCAAUUUCUGAUUCACUUGCAUCAAUAGUCAAUGCCAGCCUGAGGCGUCGUCCUGUGGCCGACAUUGUAAAAUCAACCACUAAUAGGAUUAAAAUACCCAGCAAUGUGCCCAAUAUGAAAGUUCCAGAGACUAACCCUCCCAUUGUCAAAGCAAUGAAUACGGGAGGUAAACUUGUGGAUGCUCGACUAACCCAUAUUAAUGGACUGUUACUGAAAGCGCUUGUUCCCAUUACUCAGUGCGUUAGUGACGUGGGGGAAAGGAAAGGGAAGGCAGUGAAUUUUUACCUGGAAGGUUUAAAUGAUUGCCUUAGGCUACUAAUCUCCGCCUUCAAUUACACCAACCAGUUACGAAAGGAGGUGGCACGUGUUCACGUCAAUGACACUGCUCUUGCAGAACUCUGUAAAUGGGAGUGUGAAGUCGGUACUGACAAACUCUUCCCUUUCGACAUUGUGAAGAAAUGUGAUGAAAUGCAUAGAACCAAGAAGCUGGGAAGGCCGUCCUUCCGCCCCUACAAGACCUCCAGAGGGAAGAGCUUAUCCUUCGGUAGACAGGACCACAGGAGACCUUACAGCUCACGAGCCCGGUCAAAGCUUCCUUCAAGGCCUUUUUUAGGCCUGCGGCAGUCUUACGGGAGGAGGACGCAGCCAUACAAACUUCCCCAGUAACGCCUCCCACAGUGCCUCCCACAUGUCAUUGGCCGGAUGUUGGGAAAGAUCCUGGAGGACAAGGCGACAUCCCUGACUAUUCUGCCGCUCUGGCCUACCCAGGUCUGGUUCCCGAUGGCCCUCCGGUUACUGAUUGCACCUCCCCGCCUUCUUCCUCGCGCUUCCUUAACACUACCCCAGGACCCGUCGCGAGUACAUCCUCAGACCUCGAAGUUGAUAUUGUCAGCCAUGAUCCUCUCUGGCGAUCCUUUGCAUACAGAGGCCUUUCGCAGGAAGUUGCCGAAUUUCUGCUUCAAUCGUGGAGACAGAGCACGAAAUUACAAUAUGGGCCGAAUAUCAAAA